AUGAUAGUCAAGCUGCAACGUCAGAUUUUCGUUAAAUUGGUUGCGUCAAUUAUUAUAUGCUACAAUUUAGUAAAAGGUGAUAUAAUUAGAGACACUCACCAGCAUUGCGCUGAGCUCACAAAAACUUGCGAUUCAGAUCGCCAGUGUUGUAAUUCAGAUCAUGUGUGCAGAUUAAUAGGGAGGGGAGCGUUUCGUCUUGAAAAAAGAUGUCUCAAGUCAAUUUCAGCAACUCUGGGAGGAUCCUGCAAAUCGGCGUACGACUGCGAUAAAAUCAGCUUUUCAAAAUGUUCAGAAAAUAAUAAAUGUGUAUGUGAAGCAGGGUUCAUUGCAUUUGACAGUUUAACAUGCUUAUCACCACAAUUAAGUGGAUCUUGUACUUCGGACAAUGACUGCAAUUAUACCAUGCACGCAAAGUGCGCAGACAAUAAUAAAUGUGAAUGCAGAGCGAAUAAUGUUGCCGUAAAUGGAAGAUGCUUGCCAGUCGUAAACGGAUUUUGUUGGAAAAACGAAACUUGUGCGACUAAAAACUCUAUCUGUAUUGAUUCUACAUGUCAAUGUAACCCUGGAUUCAAAUUCUCACCUCAAAUUAACGAGUGCCUCCAACCGUACAUAGGAAAACCUUGUGAGGUCAAUAGUAAUUGCGACGAAAUAGUAAAUGGAGAAUGUUCGAACGACAAACGGUGUACUUGCAAAAGAAACUCGAUAAUUUUGAAUGAAUUUACGUGUGGCCCAAAAUUGGGAGGAGCAUGUUCUGAUGACGAAGAAUGUCUAACAGAAAAUUCAGAAUGUGAAGACAAUCUAUGUGUAUGCAAGACUGGAUUUUUCGCCGUCAAUACUUUCGACUGUCGUUUAGUUCCAACCAAAUUGGGAAUGCCUUGUAACUCGAAAGCAAAUUGCAAGCAUCUAUAUAAUUCGGACUGCAUUCGAGGUCAAUGUGCUUGUCCAUCAAAUACUCUUGCUUUUGAUCAAACUAUGUGCUUAUCAAUGAUAGGUGGAAAUUGCCUGAGUCAUAACGACUGUAUACCUGCCUAUUCAGUCUGUAAUUCUAGUCAUUGUGCGUGUCAACUCCAAUAUGUGCCGGCUUCGAGUAAUCAAUGUGUCUUAAAAAGCUCAGCUGUUGAUUGUAGAAGCAAUGCGGACUGUGGCGAUGAAAUGCGUCGAGAAUGCAGCACUGACAAUAAGUGCGUUUGUAAAUCUAAUUCAAUUGCACUAGGGACUUAUGAAUGUAAGUCUCUUGUAGGUGGAUAUUGCGCUGAGGAUACAGAUUGUGUUGUCAUUAAUUCAAUCUGCGUUUACAAUAAAUGUCAAUGCAAGUUUAGAUCAACACCUAUAUCACGCAAUUUAUGUCCCAAAAAUUACUAAUGUAAAUUAUGAAAAAACAACUCAGUCUACGUUCAUCGAAAAUAAUUUUAUCUAGCAAGAAAUGAGUACCUCAUCAAAAGUUGAAUUUACAAAUAAGAAAUUUUAAAUAAGAGAUUACUUAGUUACC